AUGAUCAUCUUGGAGCAGAACAACAGAAUCAUCAUCGAGCUUCUCGAGCAGAAGUUUGCGAAUGCGAAAGAAGGUGCGAAACCAGAAUCAGUCAACGUCACAUUCGCCGAUUUCGACGGUGUUCUGUAUAAAGUGUCGAAUCCGGAUGGUGUGAAGACGAGAAUCAUUCUCAGCAUUGCACUCAAAUUCUACGCAGAACUUCAGCAGCAUGGAGCCGAUGAUUUACUUCGAAGAAUCUACGGCGGACACAUGCGCGCGACACCCGAAUCCGGAUUCAAUGUGACGCUGGAAUACGAUUUGAGUGCUCUGCCUGACAAUACGUCAGAAUUGGUGCAGAAGGCGUCGGCAUUGAAGCGAAACUGUUUCGCAUCGGUCUUCGAGAAGUAUUUCGAAUUCCAGGAGGCUGGACAAGAAGGACACAAAAGGGCUGUGAUAAACUAUCGAGAGGAUGAGACAAUGUAUAUUGAAGCGAAGGCGGAUCGCGUCACCGUUAUCUUCAGUACAGUUUUCAAAGACGCCGACGAUGUGAUCAUUGGAAAAGUGUUCCUUCAGGAAUUUCGUGAAGGACGUAAAGCGAGUCAAACGGCGCCAGCGGUGCUCUAUUCACUCGGGGAGCCCCCGUUGGAGUUGAAGGAUUUGCCAGGAGCACGAGUUGGUGACAACGUUGGAUACAUAACAUUUGUACUGUUCCCGAGACACACCAACAAGAAGACCCGAGACAAUACGAUCGAUUUGAUUCAUUCAUUCCGUGACUACCUUCACUAUCAUAUCAAGUGCUCGAAAGUUUAUCUCCAUACCAGGAUGCGCGCGAAGACUACCGACUUUUUGAAGGUGUUGAAUCGGGCUCGUCCAGAAGUGAAAGGAGAGAAGAAGACGUUCCACGGAAGAACAUUCCAGACUCAGAGUCUGAAACUAUCAAAUACCGACGGAUCGAAAGCCUACGCUCUCAGUCAUUUUCUGAGUAUUGAAUCAGAUAUUCUCAAUUUUCAAAUGAGAACAGCUCUGGAGCUGGAGAAACCGAUAUUUGUCCUAAUUUCUUCAGAAGGAUCCCACGGCAAUCAGAAGAUAAUUAAGACUCAUUUAGAGAGCAUGAAGCGAGCAAUGAAUUUAUUGAAGGCACAUCGUGUCGAAUGCCAACAAGGUCACUGGCAGACCCAUCGCAAGUUCUGUCGGAGAAAGAAGGGAAACAAUGCAGGUGGCCAAGGAGCGCCAGGAGCUAAUGCUGCUCAACAAGCAAUUGCUCAACAAGCUGCACAACAGCAACAAUAA